CCGGAAACGCGUUUGAACUCUUCGACGCCAAACUACGAUGACAAUUAGACUAAAACGUGUAAAUUGAUGGUUUGGAAAGCGAAUUGGAAUCGUCAGAAUUGUUCACCUUAAUAUUCUAACACAGCUUGAGAAGGACGGAACCUGAAUUUCUUGACGUGGCGGAAGUGGAAAAGUCAAGCAACUGCAAAUGAAACCCGGAAGCUGUCCCCCCUUCACAAUGUCUAAAAACGAAGGAGGAGUGUGUACAGCGCAACUUUGAAGCCACUUUUGUUAUUACCACUGCUGUAUUACUCAUUGGCACAUCACCGUGACGCACAGGGAUUAGGCAUCAUGAGCAGAGAGCUCAACGUGCCCACGGGCUCGCCGGCCACGGGCAUGUCGGAGCGAGCCCCGGACGGCGCUAGCAGCGGCGGCAUGGAUUACCGUGACUGGGUGCGACGCAGCUACCUGGAGCUGGUCAGCUCCAACCACCACUCGGUGCAGGCGCUCUCCUGGAGGAAGCUUUACCUGAGCCGGGCCAAGCUGAAAGCCUCCAGCAGGACCUCUGCGUUGCUAUCUGGCUUCGCCAUGGUGGCCAUGGUGGAGGUGCAACUGGAGAUGACUUACAAUUACCCACGGGUGCUGCUGGUGGCGUUCAGCGUGUGCACCACGGUGCUCGUGGCCGUGCACCUGUUCGCGCUGCUGAUCAGCACAUGCAUCCUGCCCAACGUGGAGGCGGUCAGCAACAUCCACAACCUUAACUCUGUCAGCGAGUCGCCGCACGAGCGCAUGCACCACUACAUCGAGAUGGCGUGGGGCUUUUCCACCGCGCUGGGCAUCCUGCUUUUCCUGGCCGAGGUGGUGCUCCUCUGCUGGAUCAAGUUUCUGCCCGUGGACUCGGGCGGCAACCCGCCGACAUCCGCACCGGUAGCCGAAACGCGGGAUAGCGGCUGGCAGGCGGCGUUGGCGGCUACUGUCAUCAUGGUGCCCGUAGGUGUGGUCUUUGUGGUGUUCACCGUCCACUUCUAUCGCUCAUUAGUGCGCCACAAGACGGAGCGCCAUCAUCAGGAGAUCGAGGAGCUGCACAAAAUCAAGGUGCAGCUGGACGGCCAGGAGAGGGCAUUGCAGGUCGUGUGACCUCGUCUCGCCAUUUUCAUAUUUAUAUACAUCUUUUGUCUGGGUCUCAUAUUUAUUCUAAAAUGACGACUUACUGAAAGCUUUUGUUUUCAGGCAUUCAUUUUGUGCUUCCUUAAGGUCCAUACCAUAGAUAACAUGUAUAUAGAACUAAGUAGUCUUUGAACCAAUUCCAACAGUCGUCAAGCAUGUACUUGAAAUAGCCAUGAACUGCUCAAUUUUCAACCGAUUUUCAAAUGGUUCGGUUUUACAUCAAUGUCAGAGCGGCAUUAAAUUUAGUGCAUACGUGCAAAAAUAUAUUUUUUUCAACAUCCAGCCUGAAUCAAAGCUGUGUUAAUACAGUUUGUUAUGAACCAAAGCCUCAAGUGAAGACUGGCUUUGAAUGCUCAUAGCUGACUGCCAUUGACGGCAAACUGAAUUGGACAUCUAGCGAUGUCAAUAGCAGCCAAUGAGUUAACUGACACUGUUUUAUAUAUAUGUGAUCUCCAUAAGCACUGGUUGGGUCUACUCUAGUAAGACAACGCAGCAAAUGAAUGUGGAAGCGGCCUUUUUUUUCCCUCAGUGGGUCAUGGUGAAUGUUUUAUAUUAUAGGGCUUCGCAAAUAGCGCGCUGUACAUAUUCUACUAUUAAGCAGCCGUUGCUGCUGUCCAAUGCAAGACAUCUACCAUUGUGCAAUGUUUUUUUUUUUUUUUUUUUAAUUCUUGGAUCAAGUCUUAAAUACCAUAAAUGGACUGAAUUUUGCAGAUAUAUACAGUAUGUGAGUAGCAGAAGGCGUUGCAAGUCCUAACCAAAAGUCACUAGACUUUUUUUAGUCCAAACAUCCUGUUUGUGUUAUCAAUGUGUUCUUGUAAUGUCCCCGCCAAAAAUGAGCCAAGACCAAAGAGACUGACAUAAAAUCCUCCUACAAAUGUAUGUACACCAUACAACACCAAAAUGGACUUUUUUUUUUUUUUUUGAAUGUACACAUUGUAUCAAGAUGUUACAAUUUUCAUACCGUCAAAUAUGACGUCUACACUUCAAAUGAUGAAAAAUUCUUAAAAGCUUGGUCAGUUACACUGUUUUUACUGUUUUAUAAAUAGCAAAUGUCACAAAGCCUUCUAAGACCACCUCAAAAUGGGUAUGUUUACAUUCUCUAUAGUACAUGUUUUUAUUUUUAUAAAAACCUGAAUGUACCUUUUGCUCAUUAAAGUGUUUUUUUUUUUUGGA